AUGCGAAGGGAGCGGGAGUGGGAUUUUCUGGGAAUCGACGCUUGCCCUGGUUCCAUAACCGGACUUUUGACCACUCUUGGCACCUCAGGAAGUGGUUGUGGUAGCACCGGACUUCAAGACCUGAACCAAGAUACGACCCGAGGCCAGGAAAACUCAGUUCGAUUUAUACCCCAUAAGCGACAGCUGAAAAUCCUGGGGUCGUUGUGUGUCCUUAGGCCACUCGUGGCUCAGAGGAGACCUGUCAUCAACUCGACCUUUUUGAACUUCUUUGAUCUCGAACUUGUGAUGGUGUUGAUCGGAGUGUUGGGGGCAGCGAAGCCCAACUACGAUUUCGAAUGGCUCAUCCAGGAUAGCGAAGAGGAAUAUUUUGCGAACCACGGGGAGACUCGUCACCUAGACUUCACUAAGGGCUUCUACAAGGUCCUCAGGCCCAAUGGCGUCAUUGACACCAUUACCUACGUAGUCAACGGCGACUCCGGCUUCCUCGCCCAGAUCAACGGGCAGCCGUUGCAAGGCGGAGGAAGUCAGGAGAGGAAAUCAGGGGAAUCCUUCAAGGGAUUCAGGGUUGAUGAAUCCAAGGAAAGUUUCCCCCCUUUCGGGAGGAAUUCCAAUUCCGGCGAGAAUUCUCAUUCGACUGAGAAAUCCGGCUUCCAGUCAUUCUCCGUCGGAGCUGACAAUAGCCCCGAACAGCAAUUUUCCUAUUUCGCAAAGGCAUUUCCCCUGCCUGUGAAAAGACCAUCAGCCACACGUGGCUCGCCUUCCCGGGUCCAUGCCUCUUCAGACGAGAAGUUUCCCGCCAGCAAGUCUUCCGUCUUCAUCCAGACACCCAGAUAUCGUGUCAAAUGUUAA